AUGGACGUGGUGGGGAUGGUGGGGCGCGGGGUGGGCCGCGUGCUCUCGCAGGGCAUGUACUCGGUGGCCACGCCCUUCCACCCCUUCGGCGGCGCCGUCGACAUCAUCGUCGUCGAGCAGCGCGACGGCUCCUACCGCAGCACGCCCUGGUACGUCCGCUUCGGCAAGUUCCAGGGCGUCCUCAAGGGCGCCGAGAAGGUGGUCACCAUCACCGUCAACGGCGUCGACGCCAGCUUCCACAUGCUGCUCGACAACUCGGGCCAGGCAUACUUCAUGCGGGAGCUCGUGCCCGGCAGCGAGGAGGACUCCGGGGCCGGUUCAGGGGUUGUUGUCAGCGAGCCUGAAACCCCGCUGCGGAGUAAGAGCGACGGCGAGCUUUACAUGGGCUCCGGUGGUGACCAGUUGGGCAGCUCGGAGUUGAAUGAGGAGGAGCAGACUGGAGAUGAGUUUGAUUCAUAUCUGGAGGAAACAGAAGCUUUGACAGAUCAGGCUGAUGGGGGCGCUUCUGAGAUGCUUCUGGUCAGCGUGAACGGGUGUGUCCUGACUGCCCCCAUUUCUUCGACUGAGGAGAGCAUGGAGGAUGUGCAGCUAAGUGACCCGCAGUUCCAUCUGGGUCCUGGGCAGAGCUCCAGCGGGGACUUCAGCCGCAACGGCGAGGUGUGGGAGUCUGGCAUUCUGGAUGAUCUGUACAUAUCACAGGACAAGGUUAAGUUUGAUUCUGCUGAACAUCCAUCAGAGGCUCCUGAGAAGCUUCAGGAGCCUUCCGUUGUGAAGGCGGAUGAGUCGCUUGAUAUCUCGGUUACUGAAUCUGAAACACUCCAUGUGUCGGUUGAUGACGGCGAGGCUUGUGUUGCAUCGACCCGUGAAGCUGAGGUCCAGGUUGUGUCACGGUCUGUGAACAAUGGUCUGAAUAAUCAACUGCUGAACCUGGAAGAUGAGGCUCAUGAUGUUUCAGGGAACAACAUCGAGGGCUAUCAACCCUUGCCCAAUAAUGAUGAGGCUCUUGAUGUCUUGGAGAGCAGUGACGAGGCUUAUAUACCCUUGGCCAAUGGAGAUGAGGCUUGCGAUGUCCCACUGGUUCAGAAUGAUGAGGCCUGCAAGUCUCCAUCUAAGGUAGGAAAGGUUUGUGAUGGCAGCAAUGAGAAUAUUGAGGAUAAUGUUAAAGCUAGUUUUAGUAGAUAUGAUACCUUCAGAAGUUGCUUGGAUUUGACAUCACAAGAUGAUGGAGAUUCAGGAACUGAACCCUUUUCUCCUGAAUUUGACCACCAGAGGGAUUCUCAGCUUAGUUCGAGUAACCAUUCGGAUAUUGACAUAGAUCUGGGUGAAGAUAGAAGUGAAACUGCACAAUGUGAUCAAUCCGAUCCAUCAAAUCAUCUAGAGGACGUGGAUGUUUCAGAAAUUACUUCAGAUGAUAAUAUAACACAAGGCGAAGACUUGUUGUCCUGUGAAGGAGAUUCUGAUGGCAGCAGCAAAGCCCCUUCUAAAGCUGCAACCUGCAAAACUGAUCGUUUACGGUUGUCCCCAAGAAUCAGCGACAAAGACAAAUUAGGAAGCAUUCCGGAGCACCCAAUAUCGGAAGAGGAACUAAAUAAAGAAGAGCACCCUCAGUUACAGAAGGGUUUGGGAUUUGAGAUUUCUCUUUGUGGGCACAUGCUACGGCCAGGUAUGGGCCGAACAUCUGCUGAUGAAGUCUUCCAACAACAUCUUGUCCCUGAGGAGGAUCUCAAGUUGUCUGGACCAUCAAUAAUAAAAAAUGCAAACCUUAUUGUCAAAGUCGACGGGAACUAUUUCGUAUGGAGUAAAGUUUCUCAUGUUGUUCUUGGGAAGGCUGUAUUUGGUCCAGACUUCUCCGUAGAACAUGUUGAUGCUAUUCCAGUUGAACGCCAAGAAACACCCCGUUCAGGAGAAGAUUCUCUUGGGAUGUCUCCCUCAAGCCGGAGAUGGAGGCUUUGGCCCAUUCCAUUUAGAAUAUCAAGAUCUCUUCAACGGAGUAAUAGUGAUUCUUCUGAGGAUAUUUUUCUUGACACGGAGACAGUAUUGAGUCCAAUGGAUGAGCAAGCCCCAGAGAAUAAUAAAAACCAGUCACCAAGAAAGCAAUUUGUGCGAACUUUAAUUCCCACUAGUGAACAGGUGGCAUCUCUAAAUCUGAAGGAGGGACAAAACAUUAUAACCUUUAGCUUCUCCACCAGAGUUUUUGGGAAGCAACAGGUUGAAGCACAUAUAUAUGUGUGGAAAUGGAAUGCUAAAAUUGUUAUAUCCGACGUGGAUGGAACCAUCACAAGGUCUGAUGUCCUGGGCCAGGUCAUGCCUUUAGUUGGACGGGAUUGGAGUCAGUCUGGUGUUGCUAGACUCUUUUCUGCAAUAAAGGAAAACGGUUAUCAACUAAUAUUCCUUAGUGCCAGAGCCAUUGUCCAGGCAUAUCUGACAAAAAGCUUCCUCUUCAAUUUAAAACAGGAUGGGAAAGUACUGCCUAAUGGACCUGUUGUGAUUUCACCUGAUGGUUUGUUCCCAUCACUCUACCGAGAAGUUAUACGAAGGGCACCACAUGAGUUCAAGAUUGCUUGUCUGGAGGACAUUAAAGCACUUUUUCCUUCCGACUACAAUCCAUUUUAUGCUGGAUUUGGCAACAGAGACACAGACGAGCUUAGUUACAAAAAGAUGGGAAUUCCCAAAGGCAAGAUCUUUAUCAUCAACCCGAAGGGUGAAGUGGCCAUAAACAGUUCUGUUGAUGUGAAGUCAUAUACCUCCUUACAUACCCUCGUCAAUGACAUGUUCCCUCCAACAACUCUGGUUGAGCAGGAAGACUACAAUUCCUGGAAUUACUGGAAGGUUCCUCUGCCAGAUGUUGAUUUGUAGUGUAGCUUUGACAAAUACAGAAGUAGGCACAAGUAGAGUCCGCAACAGCACGCCAGGCAAGUUGUUCGUGUACACUAGUUUCCAAUCGCCAGAGCAGAGCUCUCAGUUCUGUCUGCGACCUGUAAAGCAUGUCGAGAGUUUUGAUCACUGUUGCAGAGGUUCCAGAAUUUUCCUUGCUCCGGCGCAGCUCUGUCA